AUGGAUGAUGAUAGUGGCCUUUUUACGAACCUCCUUUUAGUCAUUAUGCAAAGCGUUUUUGUGACAAGUGAAUACUCUGAAUUCUCAGUGACCCGUUGUGGCACCGUCCUAAAGCGGAAUUUUGGAGUGAAAUCUAUACUCGAUUAUUCAGUGGAAUCCGAUCUGAGCACUGAACAGGCUGUCCAGAAAACGAAAUCUUCUAAACUAGCGGCUGAAAUCGCUCCAGCAGCUAUAAAAAAUCGUAUCGAUGAGAAAACCCUGCAAGGAACCCAAAAACAGUAUGCUGUCCAUGAAGAGUUUGCCGACCGUAGAAAAGACGUCGUGAGUGCCAGCAUUCAAUAUGGAUUUACCGAUCUCCAGUAUGGUGAAGCUGAAUUCAACAAAACAUAUCUCUACGAGGGAGAAGAAACAUGCGAUCGUAACCGAGACAUCUUCAUGGAGACUGUUGAUGCCGUAGCGAAGGUGACUCAGGGUGAAGGCUUUGCAGCAAUCAAGGUGACCGCUCUAGGCAGGCCGACGCUGCUCUUGAAACUUGUCAGGUAUAAUCGAGAGCAAGGAAAUAUUUUCAACACUUAUCAAGCUUAUCUUCGGAACGCAUUGGACUGCUUAGAGUGUGACAUGCAGUUGGCUAGACGAGAAGGAUGGCACUUUGGUUUGAAGCUAGUUAGAGGCGCUUAUAUAGAACAGGAACGCAAACGAGCUGCUACUAUUGGUUACCCCGAUCCGAUAAACCCGGACAUAGAG